UUAAAGUGAAUUGCCGCAGCAGCUAGUCUAUGUAGCUCCACCUCCUUAUCACCUAGCGGAGUUUCCAUUGCUGCUGUGUCGUGUUGCUGCGACUAAAGCUAGGGGAGAAAUGAGGGCAAUAACCUCGAGUUGACUGUCCAACUGACAGUUCUACUCUUUACGUGUGGAUGCUCACCUGUUAAACGGACUGACAGUGAGAAAUGGCGGACAAAAAUAGUAGCUCAGCACAUCUUAAGAGACCUCCCCUUGUCUCUUUUCGCACCAGAGAAACCAUGGAUAUUCAAGAAAAGCAUUUGUUUGGCAGUUGUCGCUUUGUUGGGGAGUUUGAAAAACUUAAUCGGAUUGGUGAAGGAACGUAUGGUGUUGUAUACAGGGCACGAGACUCAAAGAGCAAUGAAAUUGUUGCUCUCAAAAAGAUGCGCAUGGAAAAGGAAAAGGAUGGCAUGCCAGUAUCUGGUUUACGAGAAAUUAUUCUCCUUCAAAAGUGCAAACAUCCCAAUAUAGUUGCUCUGAAGGAGGUGGUUGUUGGAAGAAGUUUAGAAAGUAUUUUUUUGGUCAUGGAGUAUUGUGAGCAAGAUCUUGCCAGUCUACUAGAUAACAUGCAGACUCCAUUUAUGGAAGCUCAAGUUAAAUGCAUCAUGAUACAGGUUAGGUGCUCUGUAUCUUCUGUGUGUUCUCAGUAAUAUUUGAUAUUCAUUGUUAUAGAUACUUGUUCAGUGAAGUUAAUAUUUUUAAUGAAAACCCUCAUUUUCUUAGCUGCAUUAUUAAAAAUAGAAUUAAAGUUCAUUUUUAAGUGUAACUAAAUCAGUUGCCCUCUCCACUGGUUUGAAAUUUUAAAUUUUAUUUGAAAUCAUAUACCACAUGAAAUACUGUAUGGGAUUUUAUAUCAAUUAGUAUUUAAUCACUGCCUUUUAAACAUACUUUUUUAAUGCAUAGUGUAAUGCAUAAUUAAAUUUUUGAAAUGAACUUAACCUCUCCAUUAUAUAGCUUUUACUUCCAUGCCAGCGGGCAUAAACAGUAUGUAUAAUGGAGAAGUGAGUAUUUAGAAAAUAAAUAUUAAAUUAAGUAUGUACUGUACUUAUAUAAUUUGGUCUAAUUUAAAAGAAUAUUUGUGACUCAAGGAAUUUGUUAGCCUUUUAAUUUAAAAUAUAUUUUGUUUGUCAUGGAAGUAGCAUAUGUCUGCUACAGUGCCAGACAUUCUAUUUUACUAAAAAUAAGUGAUCAUGGUAGGGAAUCAGCCUUUUUGGCAACUAUGGUUGUUAUGGUGAUGAUUGUAGGGAUACAAGCAGCUGCUCAGUAAAUAAGACUUCAGUUACUCUCAGAAAGAGAAAGGGAGAGUGGUUUGCCGUGUGAUUCGCUCCAUACCCAGCCCCAUCAAGUCCAUUUAAACUUACAAGUGAAUAACUCAAACGUUACUUUUGCACUGCUAAAUAUUCAUAGAAAAUCCAAAAUUCACUUUGUUUUAUUGAAAUAUUGGCUUUCUGUUGAUAUUGCUUAGGUAAUUGAAUGGUCACCUUCAGAUAUUUCUAGAUAUAAAAAUAAAAUUAAUAUAAAUGCACUGUAACUGAAUAUGUUAUGACAUCAUUCGGGCUUGCAUAAUAAUGUGGCCACACUAUAGUAGAGCAUUUAGAUAAUUAAGGAAAAAUUUAUAAGACGAAGUAUUUAGACGCUUUCCAACUACAUGUAUUCACAAAAAAUUCAUGUAUAUUGAUCAAAUAUUGAAGGCUACAACAAAAAUAAUAAAUGAUGUCAUAACUAUAUGACUUCAUAUCUCAGGACAAAAACAACUAUGUA